AGCUGUUGCACAUUAAAGAAUGAGGCAUAUUAAACAUCAGCAGAGUUUUCUGGGGGAACAAUGUGAAAACAAAAAACCAUUCAACUGCAGUGGAAACUAAGAUGUGCUGACACUUAAGAACAACUGAGUGACAAGAAACUGAUCAGAAUAUUCAGAAUUGAACAAAGGACAAAUUCUUUGUUGGCAGCAGGUUAAAUAUGAUUAUGGGGUCACAAUCUACUCACAUUUGAAUCUUCAAAAAAGCUCUCUUCAAAUAUUCCAUGUAUUAUCAAUGAAAAUACACAUGAUAUAUUACAAGAGGAGGAAGAGUGUAUCUAUAAGUUCUUGUCAGAUUUUUGUCCUUUACAUAUUUUUCUAAAGCAUUAGGAAUAAGAUUCAUUUCUAUUGGAAAGUGAUCUUAUUUCCAGCAAUAGUUCAUGACAGAGAUCUGCAGAGCUUUUAAUUGCGGAAAAAAAAACUAGGUAACUUUAUAAUAAUUAUAAGGAAAAUAUUUAUGUGAGAAUUAAGAUUGAAUGAGGGUUAAUGAGUAUGUUUGGCAUCGUUAAGGAUUGAAUAGUCCAGCGACAUUAGGUUUGACUCACGAUUUCAUAAGUUGCAUUGGUGUUCAAUCUCAAGGAUGUUAGUCAUGACCAAUAUGAUUUGGACUCAUCCGAUCUUAAAAUCUUAAUAUGGUUUUAAAGCCAAGGUUGACAGAAAGAUCUGAAAGGUUGACAAUGAGUGAUUAAAAAUUGAAGUCAUAAAAUAGAUCAAACUAUAACUAACUCUUGCAAAUGAAAGGAAGAGAUCCACAUGCAUAUGAGUUAAAGAUUGAAACAUGACUAUAUAAUGAUCUCAUAUUCCUACGGAAUGAAAAUAAUCAGGUAAUAUAUAUAUUGGGUUUGAUCCAUGAUUUAAUAGUUUAAGCUUUUUGAAUUGUAUUGAUAUUUAAUCUUUAUCUUGGUCUUAUGGAAAUUCCAUGAGCUUUCUGUAUACAAUGAACACAAUUCUGAUACAGGUGGGUUUCCUUGUAAAAGAGAUUGUAUCAGAAAAAGAGAUAGCAGUGUAGAAAUAGAACCCUGUAAGAUCUGUUCUUUGCAGUUGUAAGUCGCUAUGUGCAGUCAAAGUCACAAGACAGCCAGUGGAAGAAUCUACUUCUUUCAUUUUAACUUGCAGAGAAUUAGAAAAGAAAUAAGCAAUAUAUGAGCUUCUCAGUAAAAGACAAUAGUAGGCAGUGAAGAAAGGAAAUUUCAAAAGAGAAAACAAAAAGAAUAAAAACAAACUAAAAAAGACCAAUUGCCUUAAAAUGCCCUAACAUUUUAACAGUCAUGCCAGCAUUAAUGCACAAAAGGAACAUUAAAGUUAAAAUUGUUUGAGGCAAAAUAUUACUGCCAUGGAUUGAACCAAAACAACUCUUCUAUCAACAAAAUGGUGUUACUCUUUCAAAAUCCUAACUAGUUUUGCUAGUGUUAAUCAAAUAUUACAUAUGGCAAAAAUUUUAAUGAGGAGUUCUUCAUGCUGCCAAUGGAAAGGCAAAUAAGCAACCUUGGACAUCAGACCCAUCAUAUUGAUUGGAUAUCAAGCAUGAGUAGUUUUUCCAAGCAUAUAAUUUAUUUUUUGUCAAUACAAAUGAACUAAGACCACCAUUAAUUAGCAACACUAGCCUGUGUAGAUAUAUCUUUCACUGUUCACUUGGCACUGCUUGUCUACUACUACUACCCACACAGGUGCUGCUAAAACAAGAAUCCUAUUCAGACAAACACAGCCAGUGAUGCAGAUAGCAAAGCGAAGCAAAGGAGAGGAAGGAGGCACUCAUCUUGCAGAGGAAUUUGAAUUGAUGGACAAGUGUGCAGAGAUCCAGGCAUGGAAACAUAUUGCAUUUACUUCUCAUUAAAAUUCUCACCUACACAUGCCUCCAACCAGGAACUAAAAUUUAUUGCAUUCAAUGCUCCCAUCCGCAUUACCUCUCCUUCUCUGUACGUGUUUCAGCUUGUUUCUUUCCAGCUUACCCCCUGUGAUGUUGCCCACAGCAAAGCUCCAGACCAAAGAGCAGGAGGAGCCACCAAGGGAACUAACUGCUCAUGGGGUAGGUUCCCUUCUCAACAGCUUCUUUCUCCACUGCCUCGUUAUUGCGAGUCUUUUGUGAAGGGGGAGAAGUUAUUUUGCGUGGAGUUGAAUGCAAGGAAAGCUGAGGUUUUGUGCUGGUUGUGGAUGCACCGCACGGCUUCCUUCCAUUUUUUUGGCUCAGACCGUUCGUAGAUUCUCAGUGGGUUUCUGGGUAAAAGGCUUCAUCUUGCAAGUUAUCUUCCCAUCACAAGUUCCGGAUUCCAGUGUAAUUCUCACUCUGCAAAUGAUUCAAAGCUGUUCUGGUCAUCCUUUUGGGUGAUAAAGGCUUGAUUUUUGGUAAGGUAGAGCGGAGCGUGAGAAAGAUGAACAGCGUUAGGCCUGGAUUUCUCGUUCAAGCUGCAGUUUUGGUGAUCGUUUGUGGCUCAAUUUAUGUGGGGGUCUCCGGCCUCGGAUCAAUGUCCUCCAUCGCUGUCUCUUACGGUGAGAAUGGACCAGUCUUCUGUGGUCUAAGCUCAGAUGGGUCUCACAUGGUCUCCUGCUUCGGUGCUGAUGCUUCCAUAGUCUAUGGUGCUCCUAUUAGGCUCCCCCUCCUGGGUCUCACGGCCGGUGAUGGAUUCGUCUGUGGGCUCCUUUUGGAUGCCUACCAACCCUACUGCUGGGGGAGCAACAUCUACGUCAAGAUGGGGGUGCCGCAGCCCAUGGUGGAAGGCGCGGCCUACUCGGAGAUCAGCGCCGGUGAUGACCACCUCUGUGCCCUCCGCAGGCCGAGCAAAGGAGAGCAAAGAGGCGUCUCCUUGAUUGACUGCUGGGGCUACAACAUGACCGCCUCCCACGAGCUCAGUGGCCCCAUUGUGUCGAUCACUGCCGGCUCGGUGUUCAACUGUGGGAUGUUUGCCGGCAACCGGACGGCCUUCUGCUGGGGCGACGAGACCGGGAGCAGCGUCAUCAGCCUCACUCCGAGGAACCUGAGGUUCCGAUCCAUUUCGGCUGGUGGAUUCCAUGUCUGCGGGGUUCUGCAGAACUCCCAGGUCUUCUGCUGGGGAAGGAGCUUGGAAAUGCAGCAGUCUUCUUCGGACAUCUUAGGCCAGGGAGAUGUCAACAUGGUUCCCAUGGAUCCCAUGGUGUCGGUCGCCGGCGGCAGGUUCCAUGCUUGCGGCAUCAAGAGCUUAGAUCGCAAGGUGGUGUGCUGGGGCUUCAAGCUUCAGAACAGCGUGCCCCCACCCAAGGAUACGAGGGUGUACGAGCUCGCAGCAGGGGACUACUUCACCUGCGGUGUGAUUGCGGAGGCGUCACUUCGGCCGCAGUGCUGGGGCACAGGCGGCCCCUGGUCGAUACCGAUGGCGGUCUCCCCUGGGAUCUGCGCCUCCAAUCCUUGCGGCCCGGGAUACUACGAGUUCAUCCAUGCAAGCUUGGGGGGCAAAGUCUGCAAGCCAGCGAAUUCCAGAGUUUGCUUGCCGUGCAGCGUCGGCUGUCCCGAAGGGACGUAUCAGUCUACGCCCUGCAACUCGACGUCCGACCGUGGUUGUGAGUUCAACUGUUCCAGCUGUGCCUCGGCGGAUUGCUCCUCCUCCUGCUCGUCAGAGCAGAGGCCCCGGAGCCACGGGCUGCUUUCUCUCCAGAUGCCGAUCUUCGUCGCGGAGCUCGCCUUCGCCAUCGUCUUCGCGAGCUCGGUAUCUUUGGUCGCGUGCCUCUGCGUUCGCCGCCGGCUACGGAGCUGCUCGUGUUCGGAGCCUGACCUGACUGCGUUGAAGACCAGAGCAUACUCGUUCCACAAGGAGCCGGUGAAGGUGCGACCGGACCUGGAGGAGCUAAAGAUUAGGAGAGCACAGAUGUUCACCUACGAAGAGCUGGAGAAGGCGACCGGCGGAUUCGGCGAGGAAUCCCUCGUGGGGAAGGGCAGCUUCUCGUGUGUCUUCAAAGGGGUGUUGAGAGAUGGGACGGUGGUUGCAGUGAAGAGAGCCACCAAAGCGUCGGACGUGAAGAAGAACACCAAGGAAUUCCACACCGAGCUCGACCUGCUCUCCAGGCUGAACCACGCGCACUUGCUCAACCUUCUUGGGUACUGCGAGGAAGGUGGCGAGAGGCUGCUGGUGUACGAGUUCAUGGCCCAUGGAUCCUUGUACCAGCACCUUCAUGGCAAGGAUGCAAGCCUGAAACGGCGGCUGGACUGGGUUCGCAGGGUCACCAUUGCCGUCCAAGCUGCGAGGGGGAUCGAAUACCUGCAUGGGUACGCUUGCCCGCCUGUGAUCCACAGGGACAUCAAGUCGUCCAACAUUCUCAUCGACGAGGAGCACAACGCUCGAGUUGCAGAUUUUGGUCUGUCCUUGUUGGGGCCGGCGGACAGCAGCUCGCCCUUGUCCGAGCCUCCGGCCGGUACUCUUGGCUACCUCGACCCCGAAUACUACAGGCUUCAUUACUUGACCACCAAAUCGGAUGUGUACAGCUUCGGGGUUCUGCUUCUGGAGAUCUUGAGCGGUAGAAAGGCGAUCGACAUGCAGUUCGAAGAAGGAAACAUCGUGGAAUGGGCGGUUCCGCUGAUCAAGGCUGGUGACGUUUCGGCCAUCCUGGAUCCGGCGCUGAAACCUCCUGCCGAACCGGAGGCUCUGAAGAAGAUCGCCGCCACGGCGUGCAAGUGCGUCAGGAUGCGGGGGAAGGACCGGCCGUCGAUGGACAAGGUGACGACGGCCUUGGAGAGAGCUCUGGCGCUGCUGAUGGGCAGCCCAUGCAACGAGCAGCCGAUAUUGCCGACGGAGGUGGUCUUGGGGAGCAGUCGGCUGCACAAGAGGGGAUCACAGAGGUCUUCGAACCAGUCGUGCUCGGAGAACGACACAACCGACGCCGACGACCAGUUGUUGGAGUACAGAGCACCUUCAUGGAUCACGUUCCCCAGCGUGACCUCGUCGCAGAGGAGAUCGGAAGGCGACGCCACGGAAGGGAAGAACUCGGAGGGGAGGAGUCUGGGAAACGGAGGAGCGGGGGAUGGCUUGAGGUGCUUGGAGGAAGAGAUCGGACCAGCAUCACCACAGCAGGAUUUGUUCCUGCAGCACAACUUCUGAUUGCAGUCGAAUGAAUUCUUUUUCGAGUCGACGUUGUUCGUCGUCUUCUUAUCGGAUUGUCUUUCUUCGCAUCGAGAGGUGCACUUGUUCUCGGCUCUCAUGCGUGCAUUCUUGUGUUGUCGUCUCCGAACGCAUUGUGUAGUGCAGCUAUUUAACACCAUGACGAACAAUGACGUUCUCAAUUUGA